AUGCAACGGUUGGCGAUUGUCGCCUGCCUAAUCGGCGCUACUCUGGCCCAAGCCAACAAUGCGCCAAGCUUCGAGAGCCUUCCGAGUGGAAUCAGCCCAAAGUCAAAAGCUGAACAAGACAAGGCUUUAGUGAAAGUUGGCGAGGUUGCUGAAUCGAUUUUAGACAAACUUGGAUUCUCGACGAAGGAUGAGAAGGAAAUCAGAAGACUACCAAGCUCAGUGUUUGGGAGCGAGGAUGUGAAUCAGCUAAUCGAAGAAGCCAACGCCAAUCGUGUUGACCUUCAAGGAAUCACCUCCGGACAAAUUCCAGGGCUUGCUCCAAUUCCAGUCCCUGGAUACCCGGGACCACAAGACGCCCCAACAAUUCCAGGUGUGAACACAAUUCCAGGACUCAGCAACUUCAAUUACCUUGUUGGACAACUCUUCCCACAAAUGAUUCCACCGGCAAACACUCUCUUGGGAUCGUCCAUCUCUCGUAUUCUUCCAAAGGACUCAGCCAAAAAUAUUGCUAAGGAUGUCUUCAGAGCCGUGCACCCAGCUGCUGAAAAUGUCGAUGUUGCUCGAAUGAUGGGAAGAUGGUUCCAAGUUAUUAACUCUCCACAUGUCAUCCGAGAGGCUUGCACCGUUUCACAUUUCGGGGCCCUUACCAACAAUACCUACUCCGCUUCCUUCACCAUUUUGAAAUUCUACCGAGAGGGAAAUCCCAACGGAUCGCCACGAUAUGCAUUGGGAUACGGAUUCAAGUCGGGAGAGACCGGCCAAUUCGUAUUGCACAACAGCAACUCUGCCGAUGCUGAGCCAUUCUGGGUUAUCAAGAAGGGUCCACUCAAUGAAUACAAACAAUACGACUACGCGAUCAUCUCGACAUGGGUCCGAUUCCCAGUGUUCGUCAUCGCCCGCGAUCCAGAGCGAUUCAGAAAGGAGCACAUGAAGAAUGUGUUGCAAUUCCUUGAAGACAAUAACUACAUUAAUGUAAUGACCAAGGCUUUCAACAUGAUCUCGCCAGUCGACUACGAAGCAUGCCAAUACACGCCAACAUUCUCUGGAACUGGAAAAUAA